UAUGAACACAUCUGAGCACGGAAGUGCACGUCAAAUACAUCAAGCUCAUGAAUAUGAUACCGAAAGUAACUUGUAACUUGUUAAAACCCUGCUCAAGUUCGAAGACAAUCAGCAACACGUCAAAAUGGCAAAUCGAAAAGAUGACAUAAUGAAACUCUGCUGUGAAAUCUCCACAAAUAAGAGGAUAAAAGCAGCAUUUAAAAACUCAGCGAAAGGAGCCGUAGUUACAGGAGGAACUGCUUUUGUUGGAGGGCUGGUCGGUGGUCCUGCCGGUAUAGCUGUUGGUGCUGUUGUGGGAGGUGCGCUGGGCGGAUGGAUGACCAGCGGCCAAUUCAAACCUCUUCCUGAGAUCCUCAUGGAAAUGAGUCAUACACAGCAAGAGAAACUGUACUCCGAUGUCAUGGCCAUAGUGGGUACACUGAAAUGGACUGAGGUUGCGCAGCUGAUUGCUCAAGUUAAUGGGAAUGCCUCUCUACAUGAGCAGGUGCUGGGUGCUGUACUUAAUUUUACUAAAAACCAACUCAAAGCUGAUGUGCGGUAUGAAGACUGACCGCUGGAGGGUGAAUGCCACUGGUUCAGUUUUGGUUAGGCCUAUUUGUUACAGAACUAGAAGGUCAAGUUGCUACUAGUUUGCAUUAUUCUCUAAAAGGCUGAUGAUGCACAGGGCAACUUUUUGAGCAAUUUUGCCGGGCAACGUUUUUUUAGCAAUGUUGUUUGGGCACGUUCCCAUUGAGGAUGGGUAACAAAUUUCAACAUUGCUCAAAAAGUUGCCCCGUGUGGGCCUAUAAUCAGCCUUUCUGUCAUACGUGAAUUUUUAAUAAAAUACUAUAUGAUGAGAUGUAAGAUGUAACUACGCUAAAUUGGAACUUGUAAAACAUAUUUAGGCCAGACAUUUUACAUAUCAGAAAAAUAGACAUGAUCAUACAUGGUCAAAAGCAGAUGUUCUCAUCAUCCUUUUAAUUUGUCAAUGCAAAAUGUAUAAUGUAGGUGUCACUGCGUGUUGAUAUGAAUGCAUAAAAAUACAUAAUGGUGAUGUGUAAAUGUGUUUUUAUCCCAUGCCAA